UCAUCAGACACCAGGCACAUCGGUGACCUGCAGGUACGUCCAGGGCCCCGGGCGCGCGGCCGCCGGCCUGCGGAGGGAGGCGCCCACGGCCUCCUGCGGCGGCGCGUCCGGGGCCCCCGCGCCCGGAGCUGCGGGAGCGCGAGCUGAGCCCGCGGCGGGAAGGACCCCGCUUGUCCCCUUCCUUCACCCUGCCGCCUCUUCCUGGGGAGCUUCCUAACCAUCUCUGACGGUUAAAGGGGUGCCUCUCCCGCUUCCUGUCCCGCCCGCGUGAAUUCAGGGGUCGCACGCCGGGGCCGCCCGCGCCCCGCGCGCCUCGGGCCCGAACCGCGGAGCGCGCAUGCGCACGGCCCCGCUCCCAGCCCCCACUGCGCGCGCGCCCGCGCCCGCCGCCCCCAACGCGGCCCGCCGGGCCAUGGCACCCGCCGAGGCCGGCGCGGUUCUGGUCCUCCCGUUCGCUCGCUCGGGCGCCUUCCCCCCGUGAGGCCCGCGGGCGCUCGGCCCGGGCUCGGCGCCCGCCCGUCUUCACCGCUCGGCCGGGCGCGCGCCGCGCCCCCGCGGCCGUUCCCCGCGCGUGCGCGCUCCGGCGGGUGCAUGUGCGCGAGUGUGUGCGCGGCCGAGGGCUGGGCCGCCGCCGCCGCCGACGAUGCCGCGGGGCCGCCCCCCGAAGCCCAGGGAGAGCCAGGCGCGCGGCGACACCGAUGGAAUUUUAACAUUGAAUGCGGAGAACACUAAUUAUGCCUAUCAAGUUCCAAGCUUCCAUAAGUGUGAAAUCUGUCUGCUGUCUUUUCCAAAAGAGUCCCAGUUUCAACGCCACAUGAAGGACCACGAGCGAAAUGACAAGCCACAUCGAUGUGACCAGUGCCCCCAAACAUUUAAUGUUGAAUUCAACCUGACCCUUCAUAAGUGCACCCACAAUGGGGAGGACCCCACCUGUCCUGUGUGUAACAAGAAAUUCUCCAGAGUGGCGAGCCUCAAAGCGCACAUCAUGCUGCACGAGAAGGAAGAGAACCUCAUCUGCUCUGAGUGUGGGGAUGAGUUCACGCUGCAGAGCCAGCUGGCUGUGCACAUGGAGGAGCACCGGCAGGAGCUGGCGGGGCGGCGGGCCCGGGCCUGCAGGGCCUGCGGCGGCGAGUUCGAGACACCGUCGCAGCUGAAGGAGCACGUGAAGACUCAUUGCAAGACUAGGGUGUCAAGUACAAGGUCAUACAAUCGGAACAUCGACAGGAGUGGAUUCACAUACUCAUGCCCACACUGUGGAAAGACGUUUCAAAAGCCGAGUCAGUUAACUCGGCAUAUUAGGAUACAUACAGGUGAAAGGCCAUUUAAAUGCAGUGAAUGUGGAAAAGCUUUUAACCAGAAGGGGGCCUUGCAGACGCACAUGGUUAAGCACACGGGUGAAAAGCCCCACGCCUGUGCCUUCUGUCCUGCUGCCUUUUCUCAGAAAGGGAACCUCCAGUCACAUGUGCAGAGGGUUCACUCGGAGGUCAAGAACGGCCCUACAUAUAAUUGUACAGAAUGUAGCUGUGUAUUUAAAAGUUUAGGUAGCUUAAACACGCAUAUCAGCAAGAUGCAUAUGGGUGGGCCACAGAGUUCAGCAAGCUCUACAGAGACUGCUCACAUUUUAACGGCCACGCUGUUUCAGACUUUACCUCUUCAACAGACGGAAGCCCAAGUCACGUCAGCCUCGAGUGAGCAGAACUCACAGGCAGUGACCGACGUCAUCCAGCAGCUCCUGGGGCUCUCGGAGCCGGGGCCCGGGGAGCCCAGCCAGGCCCCCCAGCCGGGCCAGCAGCUGAGCAUCGCCGUGGGGGUCAGCCAGGACAUUCUGCAGCAAGCCUUAGAAAACAGUGGGCUGUCUUCAAUUCCAGCUGCAGCUCACCCGCGCGACUCUGGCCGCGCCAAGCCUUCUGUGGUGCAGGCUCAGCACCCAGACGUGCCCAGCGUUCCAAGUGAGCAGACCGAGCCAGGUGCGGAGCCAGAAAAAGAACAGGAAGGCCAAGAGAAGCCGGAAAAGAAGGAAAAAAAGAUCAUAAAGAAGAAAUCACCAUUUCUACCUGGCUCAAUCCGCGAGGAGAAUGGCGUCCGAUGGCACGUGUGCCCCUACUGCACCAAGGGGUUCCGGAAGCCCAGUGACCUGGUUCGUCACAUCCGCAUUCACACCCAUGAGAAGCCCUUCAAGUGCCCACAGUGUUUCCGGGCCUUUGCGGUAAAGAGCACUCUGACCGCCCACAUCAAAACGCACACGGGCAUCAAGGCCUUCAAGUGCCAGUACUGCAUGAAGAGUUUUUCCACCUCGGGGAGCCUGAAAGUGCACAUUCGCCUCCACACAGGAGUCAGGCCUUUUGCUUGUCCUCACUGUGACAAAAAAUUUCGAACUUCAGGCCAUAGGAAGACUCACAUUGCUUCCCACUUUAAACACACGGAGUUAAGAAAGAUGCGGCAUCAGCGUAAACCUGCCAAGGUCCGUGUCGGCAAGGCACAUGUUCCAGUCCCUGACAUUCCUUUGCAAGAGCCAAUUCUUAUAACUGACGUAGGUCUUAUCCAGCCCAUUCCAAGAAACCAGUUUUUUCAAAGCUAUUUUAAUAAUAAUUUUGUAAAUGAAGCAGAUAGACCAUACAAGUGUUUUUACUGUCAUCGUGCAUAUAAAAAAUCUUGCCACCUUAAACAACACAUCAGAUCACAUACAGGUGAAAAGCCUUUUAAAUGUUCUCAGUGUGGAAGAGGCUUUGUUUCUGCAGGAGUGCUCAAAGCCCACAUCCGAACACACUCUGGACUAAAGUCUUUCAAGUGUCCGAUAUGUAAUGGAGCUUUCACUACUGGUGGGAGCUUACGGCGGCAUAUGGGUAUCCAUAAUGACCUUCGUCCCUAUAUGUGUCCCUAUUGCCAGAAAACAUUUAAGACCUCACUAAAUUGCAAAAAGCACAUGAAAACCCAUAGAUACGAGCUUGCCCAGCAGCUCCAGCAGCACCAGCAAGCUGUCUCCGUGGACAGCAGCGCCGUGGACCAGCAGAGCAUGCACGUUUCCGCGCAGAUGCAGGUGGAGAUCGAGAGCAACGAGCUGCAGCAGACUGCCGAGGCGGUCGCUGCGAACCCGGUGGCCAUGCUGGGCCUGGAGCCGCAGCAUGGCGUGGGCACCGGAGAGUCGGGACUUGGCCCGCAGUUGACAGAGCAGCCCUUGGAAGCAGAUGAAGAGAGGUUUGUGGCUCCACAGCAUGCGCUGCAAGGGCACAUGGACCACUUUGAGGAGCAGGCCCCUCCCCCGCAGCCCUUCGAACCGGCCGGCUUACCGCAGGGUUUUACAGUGACUGACACAUACAACCAACAGACUCAGUUUCCACCUGUCCAGCAGUUACAAGAUUCCAGUACGCUAGAAUCCCAGGCCCUCUCCACGAGCUUCCACCAGCAGAACUUGCUCCAGGUGCCCUGCUCUGACACGGUUAAUGUAACAACUCGCUUGAUUCAAGAGUCAUCCCAAGAGGAACUGGACCUGCAGACUCAACGGCCCCAGUUCCUGGAGGACGGGGAAGACCAGAGCCGGCGCUCCUACAGAUGUGACUAUUGCCACAAAGGCUUCAAGAAGUCCAGCCACCUGAAGCAGCACGUGCGCUCACACACCGGGGAGAAGCCCUACAAGUGCAAGCUCUGUGGCCGUGGCUUUGUCUCCUCCGGGGUCCUCAAGUCCCACGAGAAGACACACACAGGAGUGAAGGCAUUCAGCUGCAGCGUCUGCCACGCGUCGUUCACGACCAACGGCAGCCUCACCAGGCACAUGGCGACGCACAUGAGCAUGAAGCCCUACAAAUGCCCGUUCUGUGCGCAGGGCUUCCGCACCACAGUCCACUGUAAGAAGCACAUGAAGAGGCAUGAGCCAGGGCCCUCCACCGGGCUGGCCAGCGGAGAGGCGGAAGGAGGAGAUGUGUGUGUGGAGGAAGAGGAAGAAAAUUCCGAAAGAAGCGCAUCUAGAAAGGCCCGUGCCGAGGUCAUCACCUUCACAGAGGAGGAGACCGCGCAGUUGGCCAAAAUCCGGCCACAGGAGAGUGCUACCGUGUCCGAGCGGGUCCUCGUGCAGUCGGCCGCCGAGAAGGACCGCAUCAGCGAGAUGAAGGACCGGCACGCGGAGCUGGAGGCCGAGCCCAAGUACGCCAACUGCUGCUCCUACUGCCCCAAGAGCUUCAAGAAGCCCAGCGACUUAGUGAGGCAUGUUCGAAUCCACACUGGAGAAAAGCCAUAUAAGUGCGAUGAAUGUGGGAAGAGCUUCACUGUCAAAUCCACACUGGAUUGCCAUGUGAAGACGCACACAGGUCAGAAACUCUUCAGCUGCCACGUGUGCAGCAAUGCCUUCUCCACGAAGGGAAGCCUGAAAGUGCACAUGCGUCUGCACACGGGAGCAAAGCCUUUCAAGUGUCCCCACUGCGAGUUACGCUUCCGUACGUCUGGACGGAGGAAGACUCACAUGCAAUUUCAUUACAAACCAGACCCGAAGAAAGCCAGGAAACCGGUGGCCCGAAGCUCACCAGAGGGUCUCCAGCCUGCCAGCCUCCUCAGCUCGUCCUCCGCGGACCCUAACGUGUUCAUCAUGAACAGCUCUGUGCUGACGGGGCAGCUGGACCAGGGUCUGCUUCAACAGGGGCUGGUGAGCCAGGCUCUGCUCCCCGCGCCCGUGGCAGCUGGUGGCGACUGGACGGUGUCCUUGACGGACGGAAGCGUGACCACUCUGGAAGGCAUACAGUUACAGUUAGCUGCCAACUUGCUUGGACCAAAUGUUCAAAUUUCCGGAAUCGAUGCCUCCAGCAUCAAUAACAUCACGUUACAGAUCGAUCCAAGCGUCUUGCAGCAAACAUUCCAGCAGAGCAACUUGCUUGCUCAGCAGCUGACAGGGGAGCCCGGCCCGGCCCCGCAGAACGGCGCUGCUCAGGCAGCAGACGGUACGGUCCCAGCCAGCGUCGUCAUCCAGCCCGUCUCAGGCCUGUCCUUACAGCCCACGGGGACAUCUGCCAACCUGACCGUAGGCCCUCUGUCUGAGCAGGACUCCGCGCUGAGCUCCAGCAGCAAUGGGACCCAAGACCUCUCUCAAGCGAUGACCUCCCAAGGCCUGGUGUCUACCUCCAGUGGCCCCCACGAGAUCACUCUGACCAUCAACAACUCCAGCCUGAGCCAGGUCUUGGCUCAGGCCGCGGGACCCACGGCUGCGGCGUCCUCCGGGCCUCCCCAGGAAAUCACCCUGACCAUCUCUGAGCUUAACACUACGGCGGGGAGCCUCCCUUCCAGCACCCCGCUGUCUCCGUCUGCCCUGUCUGCGCAGAACCUGCUCGUGUCUCCGUCAGCAGUGGGGGCAGAUGCCAGCGUCACGCUGACCCUGGCCGACACUCAGGGCCUGCUCUCCGGGGGACUGGACACCGUCACGCUCAACAUCGCCCCUCAGGGCCAGCAAUUCCCAGCCUUACUCACAGACUCCUCUCUCUCCGGCCAAGGGGGUACAGGUUCACCCCAAGUCAUCUUCUUGAGCCACACCCCACAGCCAUCAUCUGCUUGUGAAGAAAUCACCUACCAGGUAGCUGACGUCCCUACCAGCCUGGGCCCGACUGGCCAGCCUGAGAAGGAGGGCCGGCUGCACCAGUGCUUGGAGUGUGGCCGCACCUGCUCGUCGGCCGCUGUGCUCUUGCACCACAGCAGGGAGGUGCAUGGCCGGGAGCGCAUCCACGUCUGCCCCAUGUGCCGGAAGGCCUUCAAGCGCGCCACUCACCUCAAGGAGCACAUGCAGACCCAUCAAGCCGGUCCUUCCUUAAGCUCUCAGAAGCCCAGGGUGUUCAAGUGUGACACUUGUGAGAAAGCGUUCGCCAAGCCGAGCCAGCUGGAGCGGCACAGCCGCAUCCACACAGGUGAGCGGCCGUUCCCCUGCACCCUGUGCGAGAAGGCCUUCAACCAGAAGAGCGCCCUGCAGGUGCACAUGAAGAAACACACCGGGGAGCGGCCCUACAAGUGCGACCACUGCGCCAUGGGCUUCACGCAGAAGAGCAACAUGAGGCUCCACGUGAAGCGGGCCCACCGCCACGCAGGAGCUUUGCAAGACUCCGCCGGCCACCAGGAGCAGGGACGGGAGGAGCUGAGCCGGACCCUUCAGCUGGAGGAGGUGGUGCCGGAGUCGGCAGGCGAGUGGCAGGCCCUGGCCAAUGUGUUCUGACGCUGCCUGACGGCACCUGGAGACCCCGUGUCUGCAGUACAUGUUGUGAAGAACAAAGCACUUGGAAUUUCUGUUUUGAAGCUUCAAGUGUUAAAAAUGUUAUCACAAUAGUUUUUAGCUAUAAAAUUAUCUAAAGAAUCAUCGUCUUUUAGAGACCUACAGGAAAAACUGGGGAAGACGUCAGUGCGGCGUCUCCUCUGCAAAUCCGAGCUCAGGUACUGCAGUGGGCGGGCCUCCUGCCCUGCGGCCAUGUGUCUGGUGUAAGAGAGGUUGACUGGAUCCUUCGGCCACUGUAGUGUGAUUUCUUUGUAUUAGCAAAGACAAAAAUAACAUGGAAAAGUUAAGAUAGAUUUUCCUUCAUGCUUUCUGUUAUAAGAAGCAUAGCUUAUAAAACAAACAUAAGAUAGGUGCGUGAAGUUCAGAAAAAAUACUAGAACACAGAGAAGUCUUUCCAUUUUUUUCUCUGUGCAUUUUGAAAUUAGAACUUGACUCUUUUUAGUCUACCAUAAGUUAAUAUAACUAAUUAUCUUGAGAGAUGGCUGGACCAAUUCUCUCUCCACUGCAGAUCACCUAGUCUUUAGUUACAAGAAUGCAGCGUCUGGGGCAUAACCAAGGGCAGUUGUGACCCUGACAUACAGGUGCGGACCCAGCUGUCUGCACUGGACGAUGCCACCGUCAUUUAGGAAAUCAGUGUUCAGGUACUUGGGUUAGAUUUUUUCAGAAAGCACAAGCCAUACAUUACGACUAGGAAGAACAGAAUUGCCUCCUAGGAACAAAGUGACUACGGCCCUGCCCACCCAGUGAUUAAGAAUUAUAUACGCGGUUGAAGGAUGAGAAACCCAUACAAGCCCCAUGAUUUUCUCUUCAUGCGUAAGCAGGUGUAUUUUUUAUUUCAGGGAAUUCUUUGAUACCAUCAGUGGUGCCACAGUAAACUUGUCCCAGACCAGACCCCACCCCAUGCUGGGUCGGGGUGUGCGUGUUCCUACAGCAUUCCAAAGAUGGAAAGUCCUUUAUUUCAUGUGAAUUUCUCCUUUGAAAUUAUUUAUAUGUUCUAUAUAUAAAUACAUGUGUACAUAUUCAGAUAUAUGGGCCUCUGUGUGGCCGAACAGUAUAUUUUGUGAAUAUAAGCACUAGCCCGGCUACAGAGCCAGCACUGGUGUCUCCCUCCCUCUGAGCGCUUCAGAUCAGUAUUGUAUUCAUUUUCUUAAUAAAUGGAUAUCUUUUUCAUUGUAACAUGAAGCUGGGUUGUUUUUUGUUCUCUUUUUGUUUUCCUGAAGAACAAUCGCCUUUAUUUUCUCCGGCUGCCUCCUUGGUCUCAGGAGAGGGCGGUGCUGUGACCGGCAUGUGGACUGUGUGUAUUAAGGGAGGAGCUCAUCGGGAUUCCUGAAGAAAGAGACAUUUCACUCUUAUUUUUUGAGAGGGCAUCUUUGGAUUCAAAAUUUUUGUUGUUCACUUUGGCAUAUGUAUAUAAAUAAUAUUUGUGAUAUAAAAACUUGUUAUGUAAAAAUAUUUAAGUCAGAGAACUGUUAAAUAAUAUUUCUUUUUUCAAACUGCUUUGUGUAUUGUAUAUUUUUUUAAGGAACAAAGCCUUAUUUGACUUAUUCUUGUGAUACUGGAUUUAUUUUAUAUCCUGAAGUUUUCUCUGAAUGUCAGUGUGUAUACCUGGCUGUAGUCAGUAUGUUCAGAAUAACUGUAAUUGUGCCAGAGUUUUAAAAGUUCUGCUUCUAAUGCACUUUUCUUUUAUAAUUUUGUAUUAAAAAAUUUUAGAAAUAUUGAUGAAUUUUGGUGAACAAAUAUCCCCAAAGUUGAAAUUACUAAAAUUAAAAAAAAAUUAUUUGUCCUUGCUAGGUUAUUUAUUUUGGUUGUAGCAUUAAGUAUCAUCUCAGGAGAGUCUCUAAAAGGGAUUUAAUUCCUAAUUGUACAGAAAGCAUAGUUUAGUGAACUCUAUUGGUGACUGCCUGUUUAAGGCCUUACCAAGUGAAUCUAAAGCCAACUUUUAUUUUGGUUGAAAGAAAAGGAAAAAAAAAUCAGUGAUCCAUUUUGUGAGUUUUCUUCCUUUAUUAGCAAACGUGAGACAUUAAUGUAUUAUUUCAAUUUACUUCCUAAUCAUAAAAGUUGCUGCUUUGCAAAACAUUUCUUGAGGGUGUAAGGUUUUGUAAAGACAUGAUUUCGCUUGAACCUUUGGUGGAGUACAGAUUGUUCUUUGUAUUUCACUCAUUGAUUAAAAAGUCUGAUGAGAUUUCUGGCCUCCUGCAUAAGCAGAGUGCUGAGGAUUAGAUAACUAUUUUUAGAAAUACCUCAUCAUAGCGUAUCUGCUUUGUAAUAAUAAU